CCGCACUAUCGCGCCACCGAGCUCUUGUCUUCGGCCUCAUCCCGAGCUCGCCCUUAAGUUCGGUCCGAGAUGGUUCGAGCUUCGGAGUUAGAAAUACUGCCGGUUACCUAGGACAGCAAACGAAGGACUGAACGGCAUCAUUCCGUCCUAAAGGGCGGUGCUUAUGUAGUACCAUCUUCCCCACCAUCCGAUCCGCUGCCUAUUUCAACAAUCUCGAUCUCCGUCCUCUGUCGUCCUUGUGAUAGUCUCUCCUCUCAUGUUGCAAUAAUGGCCCCACAACUCUCCAUCGUCAUCGUCGGCGCCGGCCUCUCCGGCCUCGCAGCAUCAAUCCAGUGCGCGCUCUCGGGCCACGAGGUCACAGUUCUAGAGAGCGCAAAGGAGCUCGCUGAAGUUGGCGCCGGCCUCCAGCUCACGCCGAACGCAACCAAAAUCCUCCAGAAAUGGGACGUCUACCAGCACGUUAAUAAACCCGCCGAACCCAGAACAUGCACCGUGUACAACUACAAGGGCAAGGUCCUCGCGCAUGAAGACAACUUCGACAAGAACAAUCGCAGAAAGUACAACGCUCCCUUUUCGGACUGCCAUCGUGUGGAUCUGCAGCAAGCGCUCGCGAAAAGAGCGCAGGAGCUAGGCGUCGAAGUCCUCCUGAAUACCCGCGUCACCGACAUCAACUUCUCCGGCGAAGAGCGGGACGGCAUCAAGGAAGCCGCCGUGUCAACAGAAAGCGGCACGACCCUCUUGGCCGACCUGGUGGUUGCCGCCGACGGCCUCUGGUCUACAUGUCGCUCUGUCUUCCUCAACCGAUUUGCCCCGCCGCUUCCGACGGGAGACUUGGCGUACCGCAUUGUGCUCAAUCUGCCGCAGAUCAAGGACGAGAAGCUGAGGAAGAUGGUGCAGGAGCCCGCGGUGCGGUUCUGGGUUGGCCCGGAUGCGCAUGUCGUCGCGUAUAGUAUGCGCGGUGGGGAAAUGUAUAAUGUUGUGCUCCUCGUGCCGGACGAUUUGGACGAGGGCGUUGCGAGGACACAGGGCGAUUUGGAUGAGAUGAGGAAGUUGUUUGAGGGGUGGGAUCCUGUGCUGACGCAGCUCCUCGAAUGCGUCGACAAAGUCGACAAAUGGAAACUGAUGCACCGCGAAGAGAUGAAAUCCUGGAUAAACCCGCAGUCCAACCUCGUCCUUAUCGGCGACGCAUGCCACCCCAUGCUGCCCUAUCUCGCGCAGGGCGCAAAUUCGUCCAUUGAGGACGGCUGCGUUCUCGGCCUGCUUUUAUCUCCCUCCGUCAACCCCGGCUUUGCUUCAAAGUCCGAUCUCCCGUCUACGCUCCAGCUGUUCCAGAAACUGCGGAAAGCAAGGGGCGAAGCGAUCGCGCGGGAGACGUUCAAGCAGCGAAGGGACUUCCAUAUGCGGGAUGGGCUGGAGCAGGAGAAGAGGGACAAGCUGUUUGAGAUGUGGUUGGAGAAGGCGAAGGGCGCGGAGAUUGAGGGCGAGGAGGAGUUUCCGAGUCGCUGGACGUGUCCGGUUGUGCAGCCGUGGUUGUAUGGGUAUGAUGCGUUCAAGGAGGUGGAGGCCGCUGUUGCGCAAGCUUCGAAGGAAAGCGCGAGCCUGUGAGGAAGUAGGUGGGAGAGGUGGA